AUGAGCAGCGACUUCCGAUUCAAGUCUUCUGUCGAGCCCAAAACGCUUCACCGCAUAUUUGCCGUUUGCGGCACCGAGUGGGGGCUGGGCGACCCCGACGGAUUUGCCAGUUUCCAGACAAAACAGCUUGUGGACGCCAUCUUAGGCGGAAGAGCUGCAAAAGCGUACUAUUUGGAGUCGAAAGAAGGCGAGAUCGCGUCCGUGUGUGUGGUGACUCAUCACAAGGCCUACUAUAAGGAUUCGGGUGCCGGAAGCGUUGGUGCAGCCGAUCCAGCGUCGUUUGGGGUGCUUCCUGCUACGGCGCUCAGAUUGAGCUAUGUGUUCACUUUGGCGAAAUUCCGCGGGUUGGGGUUGAUGGCUAAGCUUGUUAAAAAGGCAAUGGCUGUCACCGAGGAGGAGAUCUUGAAGAAAGAGCUCGACAAGUCCAGCGACAAGAAGGGCUCCUUCAGGGACAUGGUCACAAACAACGAGGGGAAAGUCGAUCCCCAGUUGGCCACCUAUUACUUGGGCAAGAAGUAUGCGUGGUACUUGUACUCUGCCAUCAAGACGACAUACUCGCAGUUCGGGUUCAAGCCUUACCCUGCGGACGGUUACGUGAUUCCUAGAAGUGUGUUGGAAGGCGAGGCCCACGAGCUUGUGCAAAAAUUGCUUGCAUCGAGCAACGGCACUUCCGAUAAAGUUCCCGGGAAAAGGCUCCGCUUUUUGGAUAUUCUGAAUCAGCACGACAAGGAUUUGGUGGCAUCUAUCUUGCAGAUGAAGGAGUUGGACUUGUUGACGGACCUCAACAAGUCGCUUUUCCACCUGGAGUUGUCUGGCGGGCGCAGGUCGUCGUCGUCAUUGACCAACGUGCACACGGCGCUUUCGCAGACGAGGUUGGGUUCUGUCAAUGAGCUUUCUUCCAUUGCCGAGAAGGUGGGUCUGGUGAAGAUCGGCGCUCAGGGUGGCCAACAAGGCGAGCCCAGACACAAGUCGUCGAUGCAGACGCUUUCCAUGUCCAAGUUGUUUUUGCAGCCUGACUUUGCUAAUUUGCAGAAGCAGUUUGCCGGGGACGGGCCUCGGAUCAAGAAACGUGGCGGCGACGAGGCGUAUGCCAACAUCAAGGGCGCCAUUUUGACCAACGACUUGCAACAGAAAAGCUACUACGUGUUAUGGCUGCAAAUCAUCGACGGCAAGUUCUUCAUUGUGGGUCUGGGUGAGUUGAAGGCCGAUGUGUUUGGCGCUCUUUCCGAUCCUACUCGUGUAGAGGACAGAUUUGGCAGAAGACGCUCGUCGUUCACGGGGACCAACGAGUUGGGCGGCUUCAAUUUCCAGGACUUGGAGCUUCUCAUUAGCACCGCUGUGUUCGUGGCGCUGAAGCGGAGCCCAGAGCUCGACCGUAUCUUUGUCACAUCUCAGGAUUUGCCCGACACCAUCCCCAGCACGGUGUUGUAUGACUUCUUCACCAACUAUUUGCCUCGCAGCGUUCCCAACGUGUUGAAGAAGGACGAGGAAGGGUCGAAGGAGUCCAACACGGUAGAGUAUAUCGAGGACUUCUCAGACAACUACAAGCUUUUGCCUAUGGUGAGGCGCUUUGGUUUAGAUAGCCCCGAGUUUGAGCUUGACUGGAUAGCCAGCGGCAGCGUUGUCACCUGGGGCUGA